AAAAAAUUUGGAGUUUUCUUUUCUUCCAAGUUUGUUAUCCCUUCUCCCGAUUCUUCGCAUUCAUAAGAACUGAAAGCAAACCGAUUCCGAUCGGAGUUUUGAGAUCUAUCGGAGAAUUCUCGGCAUGACAAAUCCCGAUAACCAGAAACCGGUUGAAGUUGCCGCCGACGUGGAGGCACCGGCGGAGACGACGGAGACUAAGACGUCGUCGUUUUCUGCGAUUACUCAGAGAUGGAAAAGGGAGGAUUUGAUAAAGAAAGCGUCUCCGAUUAUGAGAGGAGUGUGUCUCUUGUUCUCUCUCCUUGCAUUCAUUAUUAUGGUAUCUAAUAAACAUGGAUACGGCCGAAACUUCGACGAUUACGAAGAGUACAGAUAUGUAUUGGCGAUUGCGAUAAUUUCAACAUUAUACACUGCGUGGCAAACGUUUGCUCAUUUCUCGAAAAGGGAAUUCUUCGAUCGCCGGACUUCCAUCUUGCUCGAUUUCUCCGGCGACCAGAUUGUUGCGUAUCUUCUCAUAUCAGCUGCGUCUUCUGCAAUUCCAUUGACCAACAGAUUCAGAGAAGGUCAAGAUAACAUAUUCACUGAUUCCGCUGCUUCAGCUAUCAGCAUGGCUAUCUUCGCCUUCGUCUCUUUAGCUCUCUCUGCUCUCCUCUCUGGUUACAAACUCUCCACUCAUUCUUUUAUCUGAAUCCGCUUCAAGCCUCUCUCUGCAAUAUGUGCUUUCAAUCGUUUUUAUACCGUGGUCAUCUCUGCAAUACGUGUAAAUCUCAUUCUUUUAUAUGUGUUCAUAUAGCUGAUACUGAUCAAGACAGUACUGCUUCUGUUAUUCGCGUCUUUGAACUGUGUGUGUGUUAUUCUUUUGAUACAUUAUUAUACAAAGUGAAAACAUGUGAAAAUUGACUGGCUUUAUUCCA